AUGAACGUCAGUGAAAGCGACUCAUCGCCGACGCAGCGACACGGAUGGUCUCCCGGAAGAUCGGAAAGUCAACGCAUCGCGACGGUCAUCGAGGAGAAGAAGGAAAUCGGGUCGCCCGAGAUCGAGGCCACCGAGAUCGAUCCGUGCCGGGGGACGUGGGGCAACCAGGUCGAGUUUUUGCUGUCGACACUUGGAAUGGCCGUCGGACUGGGCAAUAUUUGGCGGUUCCCGACGAGAGCCUACAAUAACGGAGGAUGUGAGUGGUUGUUAUUGUGGCCGAACUAAUCCUCUUCCUCUUCCAGCCGCCUUCCUCGUGCCCUACAUCUCCUGCGCGUUGCUCUUCGGUCUUCCCGCCGUCUACCUCGAAUUCGUGCUCGGACAAUAUCACCGCACCACCGCGCCGAUCAUCUUCCGACGCUUUGGCCCGAUCUUUCAAGGCGUCGGAUGGAUGGCGGUGACGGUUUCCUCACUCGUCGCCAUCUACUACAUCAUCAUCAUCGGCUGGAGUACGGUGUACAUGGCGUCGAUUGUGAUGGGGCACACGGACAGCUGGAGCAAGUGUGGCAACGCGUGGAACGACAACUCGACGUGUCUCGAUCUGGUGUUGCAGAGCAAUUGCAGCAACUUCAACGCAAGCACAUAUGUGCCGCCGGUCUGGGCGAAUUUGAGCCUUUCCGGUUGGUGAUCAAGACGUUUUCGGGCCAGAAUUUGUGCUUUCAGGCCGCGGCGCUUCGUUCGUCUUCUUCCAAGGUACGUGCUACGACAAACUCGAUCUGCUAGCCAACAAAACCGUCACAGCAACCGAGCAAUACUUCUUGUUAGUCGACAGUAACCACCAGCGGACAACCGUAACCCUUUUGCAGCGAGUACGUCGUCACGCCCUCCUCCGGUUUUCUCGACUUCAACUCGAUGAACUCGAAGUCGUUCGCCGGCAUGAACGUCUGUUGGCUCAUCGUCAUUCUGAUUCUGUGGAAGGGCGUCGACUACAUGGGAAAAGCGUCGUACGUCAUCGUCACGCUGCCCUACGUCAUCAUCGUCUUGCUCUUCUUCCGCGGAAUCACGUUGGACGGCGCCGAAGAGGGAUUGUACUAUUACCUGGGCAAUCCGGAUUGGUCGAAAGUGUUCGCGCCGGCCACGUGGGGAGAGGCGCUGAAGCAACUGUGCUUUAGUCUCGGAAUCGGAUACGGUGGACUCAUCGGCUUGGCCUCGUUUAGCAAACCGGAUAACAAUUGCUACCGGGUAGGCGCUUAGACAUGCUAGAAACUUCAAAUUGUUUUAGGACGCCCUGAUCGUGAUCAUCGGCGACACGGCCAUGUCACUCGUCGGAGGCGCCGCCGUCUUCUCCACACUCGGAUUCCUCGCCAAACAGAAGGGAUGCGAAGUGUCCGACGUUGUCAACGAUGGCUUCUCGCUCGCGUUCGUCGCCUUCCCGGAGGCGCUCGGCCGUAUGCCGCUGCCCGAAUUGUGGUCGUUCCUCUUCUUCCUCAUGCUUUUCUUCCUCGGAAUCUCCACCGAAGUCGCCUACGUGAACGUCUUCUGCUCGGCGAUCUGUGACCAGUUUGUUGGCCUACGAAAGCGCAAGUGGCUGGUGGUGGUCGCCUGGUCCCUGGUGCUUUAUGUCGUUGGACUGGUGAUGGUCACCGAUGGCGGCUUCUACUGGUUCAUCAUGUUCGACGAGUACGCCGCCGGAGUCUCCUCGUGCGUCGCCGUCACGGCUGAAGUUUUGCUCGUCGCCUACGUAUACGGUAGGCGCGAAAAUGUGCAAAGUGUCGUACGGUUUGACGUGCAGGCCGCAAGAACAUGUUGACGGAUAUGAAGGAGAUGUUUGGAGAGUCGAAGAACAAGUGCAGUCGAUGGUUUGGCUGCCACUCGCCGUACUUUGGCUGGAACUGGAUGCUCAUCACUCCGGGCCUCGGCUCUAUUCUCAUCGCCCUGGCCAGCAUCAGAGACUAUCCGUACAUGGCCGACUCGCGCAAGUACCCCCUGGCGUUUGACGUUGUCGGUUGGAUUGUAUGCAUGCUUCCCAUCGCCAUGGUCCCAAUUUUUGCGAUGUUUGCCUAUUGUGAAUUCAAAAAACGGGGCCACGACUUGCGCGGACUGUUUAUGAAGCAAAGGCAACUCAAGUCGUUUGGACGCAUCUAUGCGCGCAUGGGAUUAGAGCAGAAAGUGAAGCAGGUUUGCGUAAUGAGAGGGUACUGACUAUGCAAACUUGGACAUUUUCCAGAAAAUCCUGCCGGAUCGUGAGCCGUGGGACGACAGACCGAUGGGAUACCAGUUUGACGACGAGACGGAUUCGUCGUCGCGCAGCUCGCUAUUGAGCAGUCGAACCGAACGGAGCAGACGCGGCAACUCGCAGACUCACAGCAAAACUCUGUAACGAAAAUGAAGGCUUUUUGUAAUUUUAUUAUCGCUUGUUUUCACUGUUAGUAACAGUCUGUUACUAUUGACGAUGAUUCCCAUGAUUCACAAAAAAGACGGCCAAUCCUAAGAUCUUGGCUAGAAAAGCUAUGAUUGAUUGACUUUAUGUACCAUAUAACUUGCCUAUUUCCACGUACUUAAGACCAUACCAGACGGUCUCCGAAGAUUAUCCUUUUCAGGAAAUCCUCUGGUAAGGUCUGAGAGAGCCCUGAAAAAGGCUCGGAAGGAUUUCCUGGAAAGGAUAAGCAUGUGGUCGCGCUGAAAACGGAAAUUGUAGAAGCGAUCCGGAAUGUGAUGGUCGAGCGAAAACACGAGUUUUUGCGGGUUUUGAACACAGGUAGGCACACAAGUUUUGACCCUUUUCAGAUGGAAAAACUUAUUUUUUUUUGCAGACAACAAAUCAACGUUCUGCGAUUCGGUUUGCGUACAAAAAGUUUCUACAAUAUUUUGACACGACUUCAAGUGAUUGAGAUUUUGCUCAUCAGUAAGUGUGCCCGCGAAUUCCGACUUCCGCAUUCCGCAAGCAGACAUUUUUUCGAUGAAAAAAGUUUCAGAGAACUCGGCGAAUCGUGACAUCGUCGAGACGAAGAAUAUUGUCGCGCGUUUCCGACGAACAAUAAUCGCGUGGCUUUUCGAGAAUGCGCUAUUCUUCUAA